GACGUUGAACUGGGAACCGACCAAUCAGGCACGCAGCUGGAGCAGGCCGGAAGGCUUCCGGGAUGUGGCGGGGCCUUUAUCUCUCGCUGCUGGAGCUCCGGGUCUGGGGUUCCCUCCUCUGUGCCCUCUUCGCCUAGAGGUCUAUCCUCUGUGGCCCUGUGACCUGCAGGUAUUGGGAGCUGGGACCCCCCCCCCCCCCGGAAGCCUAGAAAUGGAGACGCUAACAUUUAGGGAUGUGGCCAUAGAAUUCUCUCUGGAGGAGUGGCAGUGCCUGAACCCUGCUCAGCAGAAUUUAUAUAGAAAUGUGAUGUUAGAGAACUACAGAAACCUGGUCUUCUUGGGUAUUGCUGUCUCUAAGCAAAACCCGAUCACCUGUCUGGAGCACGGAAAAGAGCCCUGGAAUAUGAAGAGAUAUGAGAUCAUGGCCAAACCCACAGCUAUGUGUUCUUAUUUUCCCAAAAACCUUUGGCCAGAGCAAGACAUAAAAGAUUCUUUUCAACAAGUGAUACUGAGAAGAUAUGGAAAAUGUGGACCUGAGAAUUUACAGUUAAGAAAAGGCUCUGCAAGUGUGGAUGAGUGUAAGGUGCACAAAGAAGGUUAUAAUGAACUAAACCAGCGUUUGACAGCUACCCAGAGUGAAAUAAUUCGAUGUGAUAAAUUUGUAAAAGUCUUUCAUAAAUUUCUAAAUUCAAAUAGACAUAAGACAAGACAUACUAGAAAAAAACCUUUCAAAUGUAAAAAAUGUGAUAAAUCAUUUUGCAUGCUUUUACACCUAAGUCAACAUAAAAGAGUUCAUACUGGGGAGAAUUUGUACCAAUGUGAAGAAUGUGGCAAAGCCUUUAAGUGGUUCUCAACCUUUGCUAGACACAAGAUAAUUCAUACUGGAGAGAAACCCUUCAAAUGUGAAGAAUGUGGCAAAGCUUUUAAGCAGUCUUCGACCCUUACCACACAUAAGAUAAUUCAUACUGGAGAAAAACCCUUCAAAUGUGAAGAAUGUGGCAAAGCUUUUAAGCACCCCUCAACCCUUAGUACACAUAGGAUGAUUCAUACUGGAGAGAAACGCUACAGAUGUCAAGAAUGUGGCAAAGCCUUCAGCCGGUCCUCACAGCUUACUACACAUAAGAGAAUUCAUACUGGAGAGAAACCCUACAAAUGUGAAGAAUGUGGCAAAGCUUUUAACCGAUUUUCAUACCUUACAAAACAUAAGAUAAUUCAUACUGGAGAGAAAUCUUAUAAAUGUGAAGAAUGUGGCAAAGGCUUUAACUGGUCCUCCACCCUCACUAAACAUAAAAGAAUUCAUACUGGAGAGAAACCCUACAAAUGUGAAGAAUGUGGCAAAGCCUUUAGUGUGUCUUCAAACCUUACUACACAUAAGAUGACUCAUACUGGGGAGAAACCCUACAAAUGUGAGGAAUGUGGCAAAGGCUUUAGUUGGUCCUCAACCCUGACUAAACAUAAGAUCAUUCACACUGGAGUGAAGCCUUACAAAUGUGAAGAAUGUGGCAAAGCUUUUAACCAGUCCUCAAACCUUACUACACAUAAGAUAAUUCAUACUGGAGAGAAAUCUUACAAAUGGAAGAUACAGAACGCCCCUGUUCUGGCUGUCAGCAAAGCCACCAUCUUGUGGCUGAAGGAAACUGAGGCCAAGCUGGGCAAGAACUCGGGGGUGCAGAUUGUGGAGCUGACAGCGGGAGGCCUGAGUCCUGCCACAGCCGCUUCCCACUGGUCCCAAUCACCCUCUUCCCCUCUCAGGAUGUCAGAACUGACACUCUCAACAUUUCUAGGCUUCCAGGGGGUCCCGGCAUCUUAG